UCCAGAAAACACUGAAGAAGAAAAGGUUUUCUCUCCUAAACAUCUCGUUACCUGACAAUAAAGAGAUGAAAGCUCUUUUUAUCUGAGAUUGUAAGUUUACACUUACAGUUAGAUUUGCUGAAAUUAAAAGCGCGUUUCUGUGAGGAUUUAAAACUCCUUUCUGCUUUAAACACCGAGGUCAAGGAAGUUAAAUAAAAGUUCAGCAGGAAACAGACGGCACUCUUCCAGGAAGUCUCCAGCUCCUGGUCCUGCUUUCUCACAGGAGAUGAAAACAGAGACUAAAGGUGGAGGGACAGAAGGCAGUGUGAAGAAAGAGACCCUGGAGCUGAGCAUCAGUAACCAUGGAAACGGCUUCGACAACACACCUGAAAUUAUCUCCAUUAAAGAGGAAGAAGCUGAUGAUAAAGACUUCCUCUAUUGUGAAGUUUGCAAAUCCUUCUUCUUUAAUAAGUGUGAGGUCCACGGUCCAGCGCUGUUCAUCCUUGAUACUCCUGUUCCUAUGGGGGUCGCUGACCGAGCCAGACAAACUCUUCCUCCUGGACUGGAGAUUCAGAAGUCUGGUAUUCCUGACGCAGGCCUGGGCGUGUUCAAUAAGGGGGAAACUGUUCCAGUAGGAACACAUUUCGGACCCUACCAGGGAGAGCUGGUAGACAGAGAGGAAGCCAUGAACAGUGUCUAUUCUUGGGUGAUAUACACGAGUAUGCAGUGUGAAAAAUACAUAGAUGCUAAGAAAGAGAUGCAUGCUAACUGGAUGAGGUAUGUGAAUUGUGCUCAUAGUGAUGGCGAGCAAAAUCUUGUGGUGUUUCAUUAUCGAGGGGGGAUUCUGUACCGUUGCUGUCGACCCAUUAAUCCAGGACAGGAGCUCUUGGUGUGGUAUGAAGAGAAAUAUGCCAGUGAUGUAGGCCCUACAUUUUCCCACCUCUGGAAUAUAAAGUGCUCUCCCAAUGAGGUGAUGCAAAGCACACUGGAUGCUUCUACGCCUAUUAAAAAGAAGUAACUGAAGCUCUGUUGCAAAUCUUCUCCUGCUCCUUGUGUUCACUUUCCUAUACAUCUCAAAUGUACCUUGACAAACA